CGCGCGGCAGGGGGUCGGGCUCGCGCUGAUGCUGCUGCUCGGCUCGGCUCGGCUCGGCUGUUUGGUAGCCAGCCAGCUAGUCAGUCACUGCAGCUCCGCGUUAAUGAUCACAUUUGUGAUGUAGGUCGUGUUGUGUGGCGGCUGACGACCACAAGACGCCGCGGUAGUGGAUGUUUAUGCGCAAUGAGCCGCAGACAGUAACGUUAGUUAACGCUAACUAGCGGCGGUUAGCUCGCUAACGUUCAGCAGCGUUUUGCUUUAUUUUAUUUUUUAUUAGCGAUAACCACUUCCGUCGUCAUGUUAGCCCUGCUUUCCAGUGUGGAUGCUUUAGUUUGUUGCGGACUUACUUCCCCCCUCGGGGCAGAAAUAACCGACGGUUAGCGCCAUGACUCACACACACUGAGCUAGCAGGCUGAUUGGCUAAGUUAGCCUGCCGUUAGCAGCUAACUUAGCUGGCGAUGCUAGUAGCGCCACGCCGGUAGGCUGCUGAAGCAAUGUCCGUCCGAAGGAGCUGAAGUGUUGCCCGGCUUGCCGAAGAUGACGGGUCACCUGUGCCGGGUUUUUGUGCCUCUAUGUCAGCAGGAGGCGGAACAUGGAAGCCGAGGAAGAGUGGAACAAAGACCUGAGUGCGCACAAACUACUGGAUAAAAAGGUGCUCUGCAAGCAGAAUGGAAGGAUCGGUAUAGUGAGGACUCUUCACAGCCUGUUGAAACCUCAGAACACACUGCAGAUUCAGUCCAUCACCCGCUCAGAAUGUGCUGGCUCCUGUCCAAAUCUGAUGAUGAGUAGGAGCGAGCACGCCGAUGCAAGGGCCGUCCCCGUGGCCCUCACCCCCCAGCUCCCCCCCAGAGCUCACCGGCCCCUCUGCAUGUCGGUCUCCUCCGACAGCAGCGGACGCUUCAAAGCUCUGGAGACGCAGGAGUGGAAAAACAACCUCAAAGCUCAGAUGGAGCAGGCACACAGUGCAGGAGCUGCAAGCAGCACAGGUUCUCUGGAGCGAGCGUCUUUAUUCUGCGCCUCGGCUUCCACCGCGGCGUCCACCUCCGCCCUGUCCAGCCCAGUGGAGAUCCUCAACAAGAGCAAAUCCUCCAGCCGCUUCUCUCUCUUCUCUCCGCCCUGGAACAGCAGCUCUGAGUCCGACUCCAACCCUCCAUCCCGCUCGGGCUCCAAGAAGCUGCGUAACUACAGCAGGAGAGCCGCCACAGGGCCGGCCGGUGCCAGGGGCCCAGAUACGCCUGAGCCCAAACCCAGUGGCCCUGAACACUUCCAAUAUUCUGAACCCGUCAUCUCUAAGGUGACAGACUACAUCUAUGUUGGCAACCUGAAUGCAGCGUAUAACGGGCGCACCCUGUGCCGCAACAACAUCGACAGCAUCAUCGACAUGAGCAGUGUGCCGGGAGAACCGGGCCCAAGCCUCAACCUCAUACCGUGCACCUGCUCUCGUGGCACCCGCCACAGCUGGUCCCGCCUCAAGGUGGACAUCGGAGACGUGCCGGACGCUCUGGGCGACGGCCCGGCCCUGAAACAGCGCUGCUUCGAGGACAUCAACGAGUGCAUCAACGCCUCCACCGAGAAGAGGAAGCGCGUCUUGGUCCACUGUCGGGACGGUUUCUCGCUGGCGCCGACGUGUAUCAUCCAGUACUUGAUGGUGAAACAGAACAUGAGGCUAAUCGCCGCCUACGAAAUACUGAGGGCCAAAUACCCGGUCAACAUCAGAGAAUGCCACCAAAACGUGCUGGUGAGCCUGGAAAGGGCUCUGCGGCCCGGAGGCAACGUCGACCCAGAGUGCUUCAAACAGGCCAUCUCGCGCAAAGUGGCGUGGACCUGACUCGGUUUCCCAACAUGCUUGGCUUCUGCUCAAGGCUCUCUUUAUUCCUCCAUCCUCCCGUGGUAUUACAUAUUUUCCUAAAGACAACCAAGGGCAGCUGUACUUUCCCCUGUAGACUGGUCAACUGGAUAUUAUUGUCUCCUCUUGAGUUCAGUGGUUGUAAAAGUUUGGUGUAUUUCCUCCUAUGAACCUGUAAAUGUGACCUGGCUGUCAUUAUGCCCCUCCCCCUCACCGAACAGGAGACGCAAUAGACUUCACUGUAAUGUAAACAGCUUCUUGGUAUAACGAUGUAAUAGUGUUGGCUGUGUAGUUGAUAUAGUCCUGCUUCAGUUCUGUGCCAUGCAGUCGUGGUGGUGUUUUCUAUCAGGGGAAUUUCAUAAUGGGAGAUCUCAGGAGAUUAUUGAUGUCAUUCCAGUUCAGGGUGGGAUAUUACUCGUUAGAUUAGCUCCCGUUCACAACUGGCACUAAAAUGCAUCUUGGUGAGCAGUGUGUGUGUGUGUGUGUGUGUGUGUGUGUGUGUGUGUGUGUGUGUGUGUGUGUAUACCACACGGGGUUGGGUUAUAUGUCCAAAAGGGCUGGAAGGCUCUGUGCAGCAGGCCAAUGUGUGAUAGACGAGUGAAAUUGGAAAGCUCAUAUGGAAACUUGGUUGAUCAGCCUGACCAAUGCAGGGUUUUUGGGAGGGAGGUAUUUGUUUCUUGAUGCACAAAAAUGCUCCAGUUGGCACUAAAUGUUUAGAAAUGAAGUAUGACAUGCCAAAGUGUGUUCCAGCUGUCCGUCCACAGGUGAACACUUUAGGCUAAUACUCACGUUCCACAUCACCUCGUAUCCUUAAUACGGCUAUAAUCAAUAUUUUAGUCAUUUAAAUUUUUGUAAUUUCACAACUUCGUUAAUGUUGGGUCGCUGCCGCUCUUUUCUUAGGCCCCAUCCCCACUGCUACUUUUUCGUUUUGCACCUCCCGUCCAAACUAAAACGGCGCAAAGGAAGACUUAAAACGGAGAAGUUUGAAAACGCUUUUAGUGCUGACGGGCAAAAACGGAGGGCUUUAGAAACGGUGACGCAGAAGCUCACGUUUGGCUCUCUGAUUGGGUCUCAUAAGUCAUGCAAAACAGAAACAUGAUGCAACUGACAGAGUUUUUGAUUUGGUAUUUCUAUGAUAAUGUUCUGUACCGUGCAAAUAACACUUAUAGCCUACGUUUGUAUUCUGCUUGUCACCGUUUACUUUGCGACGACUCCCAGUUUGUUUUCCACCGCCACAGUCUCUCUUAACUCCCGUGUUCCAUUCAGUAACAGUCUCAGUCGUUUUAGAUGUGAUCAGCUGUGAUACACAGCUAAAACGCUGGUGUGGACGGAGAUCGUGUUCGUUUUUUAAACAAAAAUGGAGUAGUUUGGAUGGGGCCUUAUACGCUCUCUUUCGCAGGAAGGUAUACGCGUGUGCGUGUAUAUAUAGGUAUAUAUCAGUCAUUUUCAUUUUUGGCAGCUUUUCCAAGAGUGUAAAAAAGAGCCAGAGCGACGUAACAUUAUCUAUUUAAAAUGUAAAAAUCAAUGUUGGUUCUACAUUGACGGUUAUGUUCUCUACGUGGAUAUCAAAAUGACAAAAAAAACCACUAUAUAAAAACAAACAGUAAAUACUACUAACAAAAGUGAAGUAAGGUUAGAAGCGGCGCUAACGUUACUGUGGAGUUGACCGGAAGUAAAAGUCGCACUACAUUGUGAAGGUAGAGAAUUGCUGCGGAGGCUGAAUUCUGUUUUUAAAAGCGGUUUCACCUCCCUCACAGAUAAAAUCUCAUUUCUAAUGUGAACGUGAAAUCGCUUGAGAUGCGUUUCAGAAAUAUGAUGCCAAGUUGGAACCUCAAUCUGUUUCAUAUCGACUAAGGUCUGACACCGUUUGUUUGGAGCUUUUGUUUUUUUCCCCUAAAAAUCUAUUUUGCUGGUAAAAUGGUUGUUUGAACGUACUAACCUUUGUUGGUGGGUAAAAACAAAACAAAGCUGCGCCUCUGCUGCUCAUGCUCUGAUGAUCGGAGGACGUUCUCGUGAGUUGUCACCAUUGGAUUUAACACCACUGACUGGAUUACAUUACUGAUUAAUCUGCUUCUAUUGCAAGAGGGAACUUUGCACACGGACAUGUUUUAACCCGAGUCUGUUGUUUGGGACCUUUUCACGCUGUUUUUCUUUCUGUAUGUGUGUUUUCCAAGGUCAUACUUAAAAGGAAGAUGAACGGGCCAGCCUGUCCUCUGUGAGGAAGACUCUACGCCCAUUUUUCAGCCACGGUUUGUUUGGUUAAAUCUCUUCGGUUGGUGCUCAGACUGUGGCUGUGUUGUGAAUUUGAACUUCAGUGUGCGCAGUGAAGCUGGGUGAUUGUCAGUAUUAGUGAAUCAGUGCCACUGUACUGCGAUUCAGGGUUUUCACUGCAAAAGAUGAUUUGCACUACUCACGGGGUUGUCCAAAAAUGCAAGGUAUUGCCUUUUAUUAUUUUAAUAUUGUUUUUAAUUAUUAUUUUGGGAGUAUUGCUGCGAGUCUGACGGUUGCCACGUUUACAUGCUCAUUAGAAUAACCAGAUUUAAGUAAUGGUUUAAUAAAAUGUGUUUACAUGGUUCACCCGAUGUGAUUUCCCUGUUAACCUCAGUUUACAUUAUUUUAUUAAUUAAUGUAUAGGACUGUGUGUUUAUUCUCAAUAUGAUUCUUUUUUCAAUUUCUUGUACUUUUGUCCCCCUAUUACUUUAUUUUGGUCCCACAUAAAUUUACCCAAGAACAAUUUGA